UGUUUGUUUACUUUUGGUAAGAUUUCUUGUUUCUAAAAACGGCGAAAGUUAUAUGUUAGAUGCAUGUUUCGUAAUUUUAAGUCAUUAAAGAGAAAUCACUAUUGAAGCAUAAAAAAGAAAAAUGUCAAUAAGUCAAGAAAUGUUGCAAAACUUCAUGACUCCCGUCAAAGAAGUAUCUUCACUUGGGGAUAUGAAGAAAUGGGAUGAGUCUGAGGCCUUCCAAGAGUAUAUGGGAUUUAUAAUAAGUAUGAAUGAAGCAGUGAAAGGAAAGAAAAUCUCGAGCGUAGCUGUAACAUCUGAAAAUGUUAAAAAAAUGUGUGAAUUGUUGGAAACACUUGACAAAUGGAUUGAUGAAAUACCCCCAAUUGAGCAGCCACAACGAUUUGGAAAUAAAGCAUUUCGAACUUUUUAUGCCAAAUUGAAAGAUGAAUCUGAAAAUCUACUUAAAGAAGCAUUGCCAGAAGACUUUCACCCUUGUGUUGUUGAAAUAGCUACUUAUUUAACUGAAAGUGUUGGGAAUUCCACAAGAAUAGAUUAUGGGACUGGACAUGAAAUGUCUUUUGCAAUGCUCUUGUGCUGCCUUUUCAAAGUGGGAUACUUUAAAGCUGAAGAUGCUGAUCAAGUAAUUCUGAAAAUCUUUGAUAGGUAUUUGACAUUGAUGAGGAAACUACAAGUCACUUACCGCAUGGAACCGGCUGGAAGUCAUGGAGUGUGGAGUUUGGACGAUUACCAAUUCUUGCCAUUUAUUUGGGGAAGUUCUCAAUUAAUAGGACAUCCUCGUCUAGAGCCACGUUCUUUUCCAGAUGAAGAUAUAGCUGCUUCUUUUGCAAAAGAUUACAUGUUUAUGGGCUGCAUCAAAUUUAUAAAUCAAGUUAAAAGUGGACCUUUCUCUGAACACUCUAAUCAACUCUGGAACAUUAGUGCAGUUCCAAUGUGGGAAAAAGUAAAUUCUGGACUAAUUAAAAUGUAUAAAAAAGAGGUCCUUGGUAAACAUCCGGUGAUUCAACAUGUGCUGUUUGGAUCCUUGCUACCAAUUAAAAAGCAUCAAGCCAGUUGAAAAUGUUUCAUUUUAGGUUGAAAGAGCUUUCCUUUUCAUUCCGUUGUAAAUACUUUGUAAUGAUGUACAUGUUAAAUUAUUAAUCGUGAUUAUCAAUCAAGUCUAGAAGUGAACUGUAAAAAGUCUUGUAUACUGGUAAUUUUUAAAUGAAAUGUUGCUUUUUCUCUCCCCUGUUUAUUUUACUAUCUUAUUUUCAAUAAAUGUCACACAAAUUUGAAGCAUUAUAGCUAGAAGAUGAAGUAAAUUAUGUAUGUAGUAUCCUGGUAGCAGAAUUUUUUCAGUAGUCCGCUGAAAAAUUUCUGCAAUCAGGUUACAUA